GACAUGAACUACCCCUUGUCCUACUAUUACAUUAAUUCAUCGCACAACACCUACCUUACCGGGCAUCAGCUGAAGGGAGAAUCAGCCGUUCACCUAUAUUCGCAGAUCCUGAUACAGGGGUGCAGGUGUGUUGAACUGGACUGUUGGGACGGGGACGAUGGCAAUCCGGUCAUCUACCACGGACACACUCUUACAACAAAAAUUUCCUUCAAAGCGGUGGUUGAAACGAUAAACAAACAUGCCUUCAUAACAUCGCCCUAUCCCGUCAUACUCUCUGUCGAAAAUCGCUGCUCAAUAACCCAGCAACAAAAAAUGGCCCAGAUUUUUAUUGAAGUGUUGGGUGAAAAGUUAGUAAGAGAGGUACUGCCAAGCGCAUUUACAAAUGGUGAACCCCUCCUGCCAUCACCCAACCAACUCAAAUAUCGAAUUCUCAUAAAGAGCAAGAAACUUGAACUAGUCAAUUUCUUAACAAACAAUCAAGUUAAAUCGAAAAUGAAAUUGAAAUCGGAAACUUCCAUUUACGACAGCGAAAGUGAUCAAAUCUUAAAAUCUAAAAAAAAGAAAAAAAUGGACAUAGCGAAGGAAUUUUCUGAUUUAGUCGUUUAUCUGCAGACCGUGAAAUUCAAAGCUGAAUGUUACCAAGUUGCAUCUCUCGGGGAGAACAAAGCGAAACAAUUGUGUCGCAAGCACAACGACUCAUUCGUCGCAUAUCCUUUCGAUUUUAUAGCAAAAGUCAUCCGCACCUACCCAGCUGCUCGAAGGAUAGACUCCUCCAACUUCAACCCCAUCCCAUUCUGGUCUUCAGGCAUUCAAAUGGCUGCCUUAAACUUUCAAACUGAAGGUAAUAUUUGGUUGCAGGUGAACGCAGCAUUAUUUGAACAGAACGGAAAUUUGGGUUACGUAUUGAAACCGAAACACAUGCGACCUCAAAAAAGUUCUAUUUUUACACCACUGGAAAACCCCACAUCUACCCCUACUUCCUUCUACACUUUGUCCAUUCUGCUGAUAUCCGGUCAGUACCUCUGCCAGAACAACCAAAACGGCAGCCCCCAGGUUGAGAUUCAACUGAUCGGCGUUGAAAAUGACUGUGCCAAAAUUAAGAGUAAGGUCAUUCAGACCACUGGCUUCAACGCUGUCUGGAAUGAAACUUUUGUUUUUCAGGUAACUUCGUGA